AUGCUACACAAACAAAAACCACACGUAGUUUGCGUGCCUUUCCCUGCUCAAGGCCACAUCAACCCGAUGCUGAAAGUGGCUAAACUCCUCCACACCAGAGGCUUCCACGUCACCUUCGUCAACACCGUCUACAACCACAACCGUCUCCUUCGGUCGCGUGGGACCAACGCGCUCGACGGUAUUCCUUCGUUCCGGUUCGAGACUAUCCCUGAUGGUCUACCGGAGAUCGAUGGGGAUACGAUGCAGGACGUCCCUUCUCUUUGCGAGUCCACCAUGAAGAACUGCUUAGCUCCGUUCAAAGAACUUCUCCGGCGGAUUAACGCCGGGGAUGAUGUUCCUCAGGUGAGCUCUAUUGUAUCGGACGGUACGAUGUGUUUUACUCUUGACGCUGCGAAGGAGCUCGGUGUCCCGGAAGUUAUUUUCUGGACCACAAGUGCUUGUGGCUUCUUGGCCUAUCUACACUUCAUUAGCUUCAUCGAAAAGGGUUUAUGUCCAUUAAAAGAUGAGAGUUACUUAGACACAAGAAUAGAUUGGAUUCCAUCGAUGAGGAACCUAAGACUAAAAGACAUUCCUAGCUUCAUCCGUGCAACUAAACCUGACGACAUAAUGCUUAAUUUUUUUGUCCAUGAGGUUGACCAAGUCAAACGUGCUUCAGCUAUUAUUCUCAACACGUUCGAUGAUCUUGAGCAUGACACCAUCCAAUCUUUGCAAUCUAUUCUACCUCCGGUUUACUCUAUUGGACCGCUCCAUCUACUAGUGAAUCGGGAUAUCGACCAAGAUAGCGAGAUCGGACGAUUGGAAUCGAAUCUGUGGAGGGAGGAGAUGGAGUGUCUUGAUUGGCUCGAUACCAAAUCUCGAAACAGCGUCGUUUUUGUUAAUUUCGGUAGCAUAACAGUGAUGAGCGCUAAACAACUCCAAGAGUUUGCUUGGGGGUUGGCUGCAACAGGAAAAGAGUUUUUGUGGGUGAUAAGGCCGGAUUUAGUAGAUGGUGACGUGGCGGUGCUUCCGCCAGAUUUUCUGACGGAGACGGCAGACCGGAGGAUGCUAGCGACUUGGUGUCCUCAAGAGAAAGUUCUUGCUCAUCCGGCGGUUGGAUUGUUUUUAACGCACAGUGGAUGGAACUCGACUCUAGAGAGUCUCUCCGGUGGAGUUCCUAUGGUGUGUUGGCCGUUCUUUGCAGAACAACAAACAAAUUGUAAGUUUUGUCGCGAUGAAUGGGAGGUGGGCAUGGAGAUCGGUGGAGAUGUGAAGAGAGAGGAGGUUGAGGCGGUGGUUAGAGAGUUGAUGGAUGGAGAGAAAGGAAGGAAAAUGAGAGAGAAGGCGGAAACGUGGAGGGGCUUGGCCGAGAAAGCGACGGAGCAUACGCGUGGUUCGUCGGAAUUAAAUUUGCAGAUAGUUAUAAAUACACAAUUACGGCCUCGAGAUCGCUAA